AUCACUUGAAAGUAGUGAACUUGAAUUAGGAGCGCCUGAAAUAAUUACUGAGCUCCAAUCUCAGGGUUUAAAGGAGAAAAGAACACUGACAGCUGUUACAAGCAGCUGCCGCUUUCAGCUAAUUCGCGCCGGCUCUGUGCCAUACAGCACACCCAUGGCGUCCAGGAACAACAAGAAGGAAAUCAAGUCGAAUUUGAAGCCUCAAUAUGACCAGGAGGGUGAUAAUGAGUCUUCUUCAGUUGAAAAGAGUGACCAAAUUUCGACUGAGCAAGGAAUGACCACAAGUUCUCAUCAUUACUUUGGGAGCACUGAGGAUGGUUUCUCCAUCAGGAUCAUUGAGAAUAUGAAAGAAGAAUACGGACUUUUUGUAUGGCCGUCAAGUAUAAUUCUAGCGGAGUACGUUUGGCAGCAAAAAUCACGGUUUGCUGGGGCUAAUGUUGUUGAACUUGGUGCUGGAACAUCAUUGCCUGGAUUGGUUGCUGCUAAAGUUGGUGCAAACGUGACAUUGACUGAUGAUUCUAUUAGAUCAGAGGUGAUGGAUAAUUUGAGAAAACUGUGCAAUAUAAAUAACCUCAAGUGCAGGGUACUGGGGCUCACGUGGGGUUUAUGGGAUGAACCAGUCUUCAAUUUACGCCCAAAUAUCGUCCUUGGAGCUGAUGUGCUCUACGACUCGAGUGCCUUUGAUGAUCUUUUCGCAACCGUGACAUUUCUACUCCAGAGAUGCCCAGAUUCCGUUUUCAUCACCACAUAUGACAACAGAAGUGGACAUCACCUCAUCGAGUUUUUAAUGGAGAAAUGGUGUUUGAAGUGCACGAAACUUGUUGACGGGUAUCCUUUGAUGCCCUCUCACAAGGCAUCAAUGUUGAGUGGCAACAUUCAAUUAGCUGAGAUUGUUUUGGAUACUUAUGGAUCUUAACGAGCUAAAUGAAAAUCAACAGUUAUGGAAAAUGAUCGACAUAGCCAACAUUAUGACAUGCCUUAAACAUAGUGUUCAUCUAUCUUCUGAUUCAGGUUGUAAGGAUAGCAGUUAGCUUCGGGAGAAGUUAAGAAAUGUAUCGGGUGAUGGAUUGUCAGCGAAUUUUGUAGAAUUUUCAUGAUAAAGAUUGUUUUUGUAAUCAUGCGAUUUUUUCUCUUGAGAAAAAUACCUUCGUUCUUCAAUUUUAUGUUGUUACCAUGUCCGCAA